GGCUCUGCACGCGUUGGUCAUAAGAAGGCUCAAUGCUUGACCACUCUUUUGCGAUUCAACGUCUCAGAUUGUUAUAGUAGAAAUACUACAUGUCCAGUAUUACUACUGUUGUGUUUGCUCUCGCUCCGCUUACAGAGGCCGCCUCGCAACCUUCCUGUCAGCUUCUUGCUGUCAUUCUCUCUGACAAGCUUCGUCAGUAGACUUCGUGGAUUGUCUUAUGGUUCGCUACCAUGAUUACCCGAUGGCUACUGAUCACAAGCUUCCUGGCACUAGCCAUCCUAUCACUGUCUAGUGCUGCGAAGAAGUCAGAACCAGAAAUCACUCCGUCAUCUUUCGACAAUGAACCCUUCUCUUUGUUCUAUUUCGAGGACACCGAAACAAUACUUAUGAACACACGAGAUGGCAAUCUUUUCCGCUCGUUCGAUGGAGGUAAGGGCUGGGAACAGGUGGAGGACCCAAACGGUAAAAUGAAAAAGGGUGUGCGUUCCAUCUGGCAGCACCCAUUUGACAAGAAUAGAGCCUAUGCCUUGGGUGCGAAUCGACGUCACUGGGUGACGAAGGAUCAAGCUAAGACUUGGGAAUCUUUCGAGGUCGACGGAUAUGCAGCAACCCAACACGAACCUCUCAUUUUCCAUGGCUGGGAUUCUGCAAAGGUCAUCUUCCAAAGUGAUGAAUGUGUGGGGCGGUUUUGUAUAGUGAAAUCAUACUAUACUACCGAUGAUUUCAAAACCGUCUCGCCGCUACGGGUCAGUGCUGGUGGGUGCGCGUGGGCUGUUGGACAUCCACAAUUCGCCGAAGGAUUGAACCUUGAAGACGAACUCCGUGAUCGCGUUCUCUGCAUAGUGCCUGGCCUGAAAGUGCCAUCCGCACAUGCGAAUCGCCUUGUGUACUCGGACGACUUCUUCAGGAGCGAUGCGGAAGGGACAGAACUGAACAUUCAGCAGGGACGACCUGUCUCGGGUAUCCUCAGCGCUGCUGCUGUCAAGAAGUUCUUCGUGACAGCAGCAAAAUCCCAAGGGACAAAUGAGCUGGCUCUUUAUGUCACGCUAGAUACCAAGGCCUGGCAUCGGGCAGACUUUGGAGGUCAUCGAGUGGAACAAGACGGUUAUACACUGCUGGAAAGCACGAACUAUAGCAUGCAAGUGGACGUCCUGACUAGCCCCUCUAGCAACACCGGCAUACUAUUCACCUCGAACUCUAACGGUACCUAUUUCACGCGUAAUGUCGAACAUACAAAUCGUGAUCGCUUCGGUCACGUGGAUUUUGAGAAGAUAGCAGAUAUCCAAGGUAUUGUGCUGGUCAAUACAGUGAAGAACUGGGACAAGGUUGAAUCGGAAAAUGAGAAGAAGGUUGUUAGCUCAAUUAGUUUUGAUGAUGGACGGACUUUCCAGUCCCUCAAAGUUGGCGACAAGCAGUUGCAUCUCCAUUCCGUGACCACUUUCGCCAACACAGGCCGUGUUUUCUCAAGUCCCGCUCCGGGCCUGGUGAUGGGUGUUGGUAACACAGGCGACCACCUCAAAAAAUACUCGGAAGGUAGCCUUUAUGUCUCAGAUGAUGCUGGUGUGACUUGGCGCCAUGCGCUUGACGGUCCAUUCAAGUACGAGUUCGGUGAUCAGGGUUCGGUGAUAAUGGCUGUCAGUGACAAGGGAACUACAGACGAAAUUCAGUUCUCGAUUGAUCAUGGGAAGGAGUGGCAUUCUACCAAACUUCAUCAUAAGAUUUACCCCAAAUUGCUGACAACGACGCCCGAUUCUACCAGCUUGACUUUCCUUCUUGUUGGCUCAGAGGAAAGUUCGGGAACAAAACAUGUUGUUUACUCCAUCGACUUCAGCGGUCUUCAUGAAAGAAAGUGUGAGAAAGACGAUUUCGAAAAGUGGGCGGCAAGGUUGAACGAAAACGGUGAACCCGACUGCUUGAUGGGACACCAGCAAUUUUUCAACCGAAGGAAGGCCAACGCUGACUGUUUUGUGGAUGAGGAAUUCAAAGAUCCGCAGCCCAUUUUCGAACCAUGCAAAUGCUCCUUUGAAGAUUUCGAAUGGAAAGAGCUGUGUCCCUGCAGCCCCGCUAGUGCCCCCGUAGGCAAGUGCCAGAAGCAGACCGAUACGUUCAUCGGACCGUCAGGCUGGAGGCUUAUUCCAGGAAACACUUGCACUCGGGAGGGCGGUGAGAACCUCGAUAAAGACGUCGAGCGGCCUUGCAAGGAUGUAGUUGGCGCGCCUUCACACGACAAACUGAUGGCACAGAAGCAGGUGUUUAAUGACGCGAGACAAUUUAGUGAGCAAUAUUAUUACCUUGAACGUCAAGCAAGCAGCAGUGGAGAUGAUGAGACCGUCAUAAUGCUUACUAGCGAGGGUGAAUUUUGGGUUUCUCAUGAUCACGGAAAAAAUUGGGAACAACCUCUUAAGGGCGUGAAGAUUGCCGCCAUUGUCCCUCAUCCAUACUACAGUGAUGGGGCGUUUCUUCUUACUCGCGACAAACAGGCUUUCUGGACCGUCGAUCGUGCCUAUACCUUCAAAUCCUUCGAAGCACCGAUCCCACCCAAUCAGGAAGGCCUGCCGGUCCUUUCUUUUCACCCCCAGUACAAGGACUGGUUGAUUUGGACCGGCGCAGUUGACUGCGGUCACGGCGAUUGCCACUCCGAUGCUUACUUUAGCAAGAAUCGGGGGGAGAAUUGGGAUCUUCUCCUCCGCUACGUUGGAAAAUGUGAAUUCGAGAGCCGCGAGAACAGACCGGGCAGUGAAAAGCUUAUAUUUUGCCAGCAAUAUGAGAGUGAGAACAAGAAAAACCACCUACAGCUGCUCUCUAGCGAAAACCUCUUCUCUGACAGCCACCUUCAUUUCAACGAUGCGAUCCGGUACGCUACAAUGUCUGAAUACAUAAUUGUAGCCUCACGGGACCCCCACAAUCCUGGUUCAUUAAUUGCCAGCAUCAGCAUCGAUGGCAGGACAUUUGCGCGAGCUGAGUUUCCUCCAAAUGUUGAUGUACCCGUCAAAACGGCUUUUACUGUUCUGGAUAGCUCGACUCAUGCCGUUUUUCUGCAUGUCACCGUGAGUGACGUCAAAGGAGCUGAGUAUGGCUCAAUUAUCAAGAGCAACAGUAAUGGGACAUCCUAUGUCCUUAGCCUCAACGCGGCGAGCAGGAAUGAAUGGGGCUACGUUGACUUUGAGAAGAUGCAAGGUCUAGAAGGAGUAGCGGUUGUGAACAUCAUCAGCAAUGUGGAGACCGUAUUGAAGAAGGGACCAACCGCAAAGAAGUUAAAAACGAUGAUCACUCACAAUGAUGGUGGCCAAUGGAUGUUACUCCCUCCUCCAGCAAAAGACGCCGAUGGCAAAAACUUUGGUUGUUCAGUCAAAGAUGGGAAAGGCAGUGAUCAAUGCUCGCUUCAUCUGCAUGGCUACACCGAACGCCGAGAUCCGCGCGACACAUUCUCUUCAGGGUCUGCCAUCGGCCUCAUGAUGGGGAUAGGCAACGUUGGUGCUCAUCUGUCUGGCAAGGACGAAGCGGACACAUUCAUGACUCGGGAUGGCGGGAUAACCUGGAAGUCCGUAAAAAAAGGGCGAUAUAUGUGGGAGUAUGGCGACUCCGGCUCAUUGCGAUCAACAAAAGGCGACAAUUGGGAACCCUAUGAAUUUUCGGAAGUCGAGAUGCAUAUUUUUCGACUGUCUACCAAUUUUCUUCUCUGGGGAAAAGAAGUGGAAUCCAAUAGACUUGCCACGAUUAACAAGUCAUGCAACUUGGUCGAAAAUCGUCAAGAAAGUGACGAUUAUUACCUCUGGGAACCCAAGCACCCCUUCCAGGAAGAUAAUUGUCUAUUCGGCCAUGUAGAACAGUACCACCGCAAGAAGCCGUCCUCUCAGUGCUGGAACAAUUGGCGCGAACCUCAUGUCCACACUGACUAUGAAUGUAAUUACAACUAUGAGCCCCAGAAUGAUGGUAGUUGUGCACUAGUACCCGGCCUUCCCAAACCUGACGCAUUAGCCGUGUGUAGGGAAGAUCCUGAUAGGGUCGAAUACUGGGAGCCCACAGCGUACAGACGGAUUCCACAAACGACGUGCGCGGGCGGGUUGAUUUUAGACCAUGUUGUUUCAAAGCCAUGUCCAAGCAAAGAAAAGGAGUAUGAGAAGAAGCAUGGUAUAAGUGGAACUGGCUUAUUCUUUGCGAUAAUGAUACCCAUUGUGGCAGCAGCUGGUGUUGGGUAUUACGUGUACGCCAAGUGGGAUGGCAAAUUUGGCCAGAUUCGCCUUGGAGAGAAUGCUGGUACCUACGAGGGCUUACUCUCGCGAGAGUCACCUAUAGUCACUGUGCCAAUCGCGGUUAUUGCGGGUAUUGUGGCUGUUGUCAGAGCACUUCCUCUUCUUGCCAUGAGUUUGUGGCGCAGCGCCAGCGGUUAUGUGCGCCUUGGGCGCAGCAGGGCUUAUUCAAGGCCUUACGCAUCGAGGGGCUCGUUUGCGGCCCGAAGAGGCGACUAUACCAGUGUCGUCGAAGAUGAAGAUGAGCUUUUGGGCGUGGAUGACGCCGAGAUUGAUGAAGACGACGAGCUCUAAUCAAGCUUGUGUUUGCUACUGCCGAAGGUGAUGAGGUUGUGAGAUUACUCUGAUGUUUCCUUGACAUGUACCCUAUGCCGGUUUAAGCCCUUGUUACAAUUUUCAAGAGUCUUCAAGAUAUCGACAUAUUGGUAAUUGAAUAGAAUGAAAUGUUGCUUCACCU